AUGAAUGAUCCUUUACUGAUAAUUGGGGAUUUGAACGGUACACUUCAAGAUUCUGAAUGUCUAAAUUAUGUCAAUUCUAGUAACUCAUCUCGGUAUGCUUUUGAUCUGCGGCGUAUGGUGAAUAGAGUGGGUCUUGUGGACCUAGGAUAUCAAGGUCCGGGUUUCACUUGGGUUAAGGGAUCUAGCCGUAGUAUGAAUACUGGAAGAAACUACAUCAAAAGGGCAAGACUUGAUAGAGGACUGGCCACGACAGAUUGGAGAAUUCAGUUCCCCAAUGCUAUAGUAGAACACCUUUCGGCCGCAGUCUCCGAUCAUAGGCCGAUCCUACUCGAUACUACUGGUGGAAUUCGAUGUCGAAGCAGGCUUUUCAAGUAUGAAAAUAUGUGGGCUCGGGACAAACGUUGCUUUUGGGUGGUCAAAGAGGCUUGGGCUAAGCGCCUUCACCAUAAUCCUCUUGUUAAUUUCCACAGAAAAGUCAAGCAAACAAGCCAGAAACUCAACUACUGGAAUAAGACACAAUUCAGAAAUAUACAAAAUCAAGUUUCCCUAAAAAGAGCAGCCCUGCAAGAAGUGGAGAACCGACACCAAGACGAUCUUCUCGCCAUCGAUUUGGCAAAAAAUGAUCUAAACGAAGCUCUCCUUAGGGAAGAGAUUCACUGGAAGCAGAAAUCAAGGGUUCAGUGGCUGCAAUGUGAUAUCUAA